CACCCCAACCAAAACCCCACGGACGGAACCCAAGAAAGAAGAGAGGGGCACGAGUCCCCAUGAACGACGCCGGCGAGGCCGAGGCGCAAGAACUCGCCCCACCCGGCGCCUCCGCCGCCGCCGGCCUGCAAGGCAGGGCGGAGGUCGACACCUCGACGCCCUUCAAGUCGGUGCGCGAGGCCGUCGACCGCUUCGGCGGCAGCGCCGCCUGGAGCUCCGACCUCAUCAAGCGUAUGUUCGCGCUGCCCCCGAGCCCAAAGAAGCAGGAGGGGGGCGACGAACUGGCCGAUCUGGAGGAGCAGACCGCGCAGCUAGAGAAGGAGCUCGGCGUCAAGGAAAGGGAGACGCUUGAUGUGCUCAAAGAGUUGGAGUCCACCAAGAAGGUGGUCGCAGAUUUGAAGCUAAAGAUACAGAACGAAGGUGCCGGUGCAUUUUGCAUCCCUGAAGAGAGUGUUCGGGGUCAAGCCGAGCUGCCCACUGCCGCUGAAGAGGUUGCAGAAGUGCAGCCUGAGAAUGCUGAAACUGAUGUGGUUAUGGGCGCGCUUCAUGUGCAGCUGCACCAGUCUCCUGGUACUUCAGUGCUGAAGGGCCUUGAGCAGGCAAAAGCCAAUCUAAACAGGACCACGAGUGAUCUUGCAGCUAUAAGGGCCUCCGUCGAGUCGCUGCGGAACGACAUUGCGAAAGAGAGAAUCUUGGUGGAGAGAAGCCGAGAGAAGGUAUGUGCCAACACGACACUGAUUGCUUCUCUGGAGGAUGAGCUGAACCGGACUGCACAGAAGCUGCAGACGCUGCGGGAUCUGCAGAGGAGGCGUGACGAUCAAUCGGACAUCUUCAUAGAGAUCAAGAAGAUGACAUCUGAGCUAGAGCAGCUCAGGAAUGCAGCGAGUGCUGCCAAAUCGGAAGCUGCUAUGCUGUCUGCCGAAAUUGAGCAGAUGAGAGCUAGCAUCGGCACUGCUGAGGUGAGGUGCCGUGCAGCCAGGAAGAUAGAAGAGGCGGCAAGGGCAGCAGAAGCUCUUGCCCUUGCUGAAAUCAAGAUCCUACUACGCAAUGAAGCUUCAGUUGAGGAUCUUCAGGGCAUGGAAGAUGUGAGCCUUUCAUUGGAAGAGUACUCUGAGCUUGCUGCCAAAGCUCAGGAGGCUGAUGAACGCUCAAGAAAGAAAAUCGAUGCUGCAAUGGUGCAGGUAGAUGAAGCUAACAGGACAGAAUCUGACUCCCUCAGAAAGCUGGAGGAAGCUCGAUUACAGGUUGAGGAAUGUAAGAAGGCGCUACAGGAUGCCCAGAAGAGGGUGGAUGCUGCUAACCGAGGGAAGAGCGCAGUAGAAGAGGCUCUUCGCAGAUGUCGAUCCACGACUGGACACAGGAGGAGGUCGGUCCAUGACCCUCCCAGGUUCAAACAUCCAGCUCCCCGUUCCAGAGAUUCUCAGAAUAUGGAUAUCGUCGGUGUUUCAAAGGGUCCCUUGAAACCAACGUUGUCAAUAGGGCAGAUACUGAGUAUGAAGCUAAUGGGACCAGAUGGGUAUGACAAAAGCGUCUGGGACGACGCAAGCGAAGCUUCUACUAUGUCGCUCGGACAUAUCCUGAACCGCAGGCAUGCAGUCGUGUAUAGCAGCGAUGCAACUGCUCAGAAGAAAUUCCCAGGGAAGAGGAAGAAGUUUGCCUUUACAGGACUCUCUAUUUUCUUGGCGAGACAGGCCAAGAGGAAGAAGGAAAAGGGAUCGCAUUAGAAACUGCUGAAGCCAACUUGGGCUGGGAAAAGAGAAGCAUUGUAGUCUACCUUGCUAGCUGUUAACUCAGACCCUAGUGUUACUGUUCUUGUAAUUUACUAGUAUGUGUCGUUGAUAGGUGCCUAGAUCAUUGGUUUUUCCAUAGCAGGCUAGUAAGUUGUAGCUGAUAUUUCUGUCUAGUGGUUAUUUCAGGUGCUGUGUGAACUUGCAAUGUAGCAGUAUGACUAGUAGCUGAUAUCAAGUAUAUGAGGCAUAUGUGGUUCACUGAGAUUGGAAUCUUCUUCUCUGCUA